UCUUCCACUUUGAUAAGACUAGGCUGCUCUAACUGAAUAUAUUUUUAUUACUAUUGUAAUAUAAAGAGUCAUGGACAACCUAGAAAUCAACGACCUUCAUGUUGUCCCGUGUGUUAACUCUAGAUUUAUCCAACCUUCCAGAGUAGUCUUCAAGCAAAAUGGUGGUCAAAGAACUUGGGAUUAUCUGAUAGUCCAGAAUAGUGUUUCUUGUUUGGUUUUUAACACUACAAGACAAGCCUUCAUCCUUGUCAAACAAUUUAGACCAGCGGUGUAUAUGCACGUUAACCGGAAACUGCACAACAAGAAUUCAGGUGCGAAUCCAGUUUCUGUCAAAGCAGAUGAUUCCUCAAUGAAAGCUCUAGCCGAUGCUAGUGCUGGAAUAACAUAUGAACUCUGUGCAGGGAUUGUAGAUCAAAACAUUAGUCUAAAAUCAUUGAUGAAACAGGAGCUAUUGGAGGAGUGUGGCUACAAUGUUCCUGAAGAAAAUAUUCACAAGAUCACAUCUUGUCGAGCUGGUGUAGGAAGUACUGGUUCAGUACAGACAUCAUUUUAUGCAGAAGUUACAGAUGACAUGAUUAUCGAUGGGGCUGGAGGAGGAAAUCUUAAUGAGGGAGAAAGAAUUGAAGUGUUUUAUUUACCACUUGAAAAAAGCAGAGAGUUUGUCUUUGACGAAACCAAAGAAAAGCCAUUAGGAUUAAUGUUUGCAUUCAUGUGGUAUUUUGAUAAGUUUAAAGUGUGAUAAAUGUGUAUACAUGUAUAUGACAUGGACAAUGUGGUGAUCUAUACAGUCAGUAUCAUAAUUUUUCUUAUUCAUUAAAAAACUUUUUUAAUUUUUAAAACCAUUGAAUACAUUUCUCAGUCACUGUAAAAAGAAUAUUAGUUAGUUUUAUAGAAUGUACUUCUAUAAACUUGAUAAUAUAGAAUCAUUAAAUAACUUGCACGUGUACAAAUAGCAAAUCCAAUAUUGUAUAGCGUAGGUAUCUGCCUGAUGAAUAUGAUUAAACUUUACUCCUGUACUACUGAGACUCUCUUAUCAGUAAAUAAAAGACUUUUUCUCAA